CGUCGUCGGUUUUGGCCGUCGGCAAUCAGCAUGGCCGUAGGUGGGACGUGCGGCUCGGCAGGGCCAAUUUGAAACAAAUUGCGGAGGGACUUUUAAUUUAAGUUAUUAGUGGAGAUGCAUCCUUACCAAACGAGUAAUCGAUUUCAUAACCCUGGAUUUCAUUCUUCAGACCGACGACCACUCUAGGUCGACGAGCCUUCUAGCACCGGUAUCAUCAUUCCUUACUUCGGGGGAGCGCACAGGAUUUCUCUGCUGUGAUCGCAAUUUUGCGUCCAAUUUUGUUUGAGCGGGGGGCCUCCAGCCCUCGUGUAGCAGCUUGAGGAAGCAUGCGUGAGCUGCCCGGUCCCCACCUGAGUGCCGCUGCUGCCCAGGUGAGCCACCGGCUGCAGCAGCUGGCAGCCAGAGACCUCCCCGGAAGUUGGACCACUGGGCUUGUGGAGCUGCCUACUGUGGCUGCUCUGAACUGAGGCAGCCUGGAUUCUCACAGCAGAGAAUCUAUGGCCAAGUCUGAAAUUCCAAGCAUAGUGGUCCAAACGGGGGGUUGCCCAAUGGAAGGGGGCGGGCAUGGGACCAAUGGGUCAUCCCCGCCCCCAGCCCCUCCCCCCUGCGGCCCACCACCCCCUCGUGGCCAACCCGUACGGCUCUCCAAGCAGCCCGAGGUGGAGAUGGCCGAGGAACAGGCACCGGCCCCGGCACCCGUCACCAUCCGGCUGGAAGUGGGCACCGAGGAGGAGGCUCCCCAGCCAGUGGACAAUACCAGCCGAGCCUCGGCACAGCGGCUAAAGGUGCUAGUGCGCAGCCACGCGCUCCGAGAUGACGCUUCGCCACCUCUGGAUCUUUCGCCUGAGGCAGCCACGGCCUCGCCACAGAUGCUGUCGGUGCAGGCCCCCGCGAGUUGCAAGGCAUUGCCUGGCAACAAGCCGGCCCGUUUGAGCAAGCAGGGCACCAGCAGCUCCCAGGGAAGCCUGGAGGGAUCCUCACCCAGUCUCUCAAGAGACUCUAGCACGGAGACAUACACUGACUCAACGGGUGUGGACCUGGAGCAGUUCAUAGUGGACACACUGCACAAGAACCACAAGGACCGGGUGAUGAUGCUCAAGAUCGAGCAGGACCUGCUCUCCCUCGUCAAGGACAACAAAAGGCAGUCAUUCAAGUUUGCCCAGAUGAGCUCAUACCACCGCAUGCUGGUGCACCGGGUGGCAGCAUACUUUGGCCUGGACCACAACGUGGACCAGGCUGGCACGGCUGUCAUUGUCAGCAAGACGCGCAACACUCGCCUUCCUGACAUCCGGUUCAAGGACCAGAUUCGGGAUGACCUGCUGUCCGAGGAGCCCAAGAAGCUGAUCCUCAAGCGGGACAGUGCCUCCUUUGAGGAUGGCAAGGAGAGCCCUGAGCGACAGUUGUCUCUGGAUUCGAGGAGGAGCAAGUCGAUCGAGGAGCGAGAGGAAGAGUAUGAGAAGGCCCGUGCACGCAUCUUCAACCAGGAUGAAGGGGUUGGGGACUCCCCCGCCAGCCGCAGUAGCCAAGAGGAGCUUCAGUGGAGCGGUGACAAUCGCCCCUGGAGCAGCACAGAUUCGGAUUCGUCGGAGCGGCGCCGGCACUUGGGGGCGCGCCUCCUGCUCGCCCCCAAGACAGCCGAGGGGGUUGCGCAGGGUGAGCCGCUGGCGGGAGGCAAGUUCUACUCGGUACUGACCAAGGGCGGUGGGGGUGCGGGUGGCCCAGCAGUGACUAAGGCAAGCAGCUUUGGAGGGGUGUCCCUGCUGCAUCGGGACUCCAGCCUCACGGAAGCACGCAAUGCUGCCCUCAGGGCCGUCAAGGCUGACUCGUUCAACGUGAGCUCGCUACCGACGGUGGUGCAGGCGCCACCGCCUGUGGCGACCUCACCCUCCGAGGUGCCCUCGCUGUCGUCGGCUGCACCGGAGUCGGCAGCACCCACGGGGCCACAGGUCGGUGAGGAAGCAAGCCCCGUGGUUCCUGCCCAAGCACCUCAUCCACCCCCUGCCGCUGCCGCUGCUCCACCGGUACCACGGCCACAGCUUUAUGUGGCACAGCUGCCAUGGGGCGCUGCACCUAGGGAAGCAGGUGCCCUAUCUUUGCCACCUGUCUGGCCAUUGGCAGGACCGUCGGUGCUGGAAGCGGCACCCUUGGCUCCAACGGGUCUGCUGCUCAACCCUCAGGCCGUUGCUGGCGUGCCGCUGAUGUCGCCAGACAUGGCAGGUGGGCUGGUCCAAGGGGUGCGGCCUCGAGGGGGCCCUGCCCCCUUGGGCGGCGGCAGCCUGUUGCUGAGCCCCCUGGCCCCGCCGCGGGGACCAGUCUCUUCCCAUCCCCACCACCACCACCAUCACCACCACCACCAUCAUCCACACCAACAGCAGCCGCCGCAGCAGCUGGUGUACCUGCCUUGCGUACAACCGCCGACCGGCAUAGAAGCCCGCAAGCCUGGCCUUCUGGACACUCAGGAGCCACCAGGAUGCGAGACAGUGACAGGCCAGCUGAGUUCGCUCACCUUGGUCGGGGGCGAGUCCGCCGAGGGUGCUGGGGGAGCAGUACACCAUCCGGGGGGCUUUCUGCUUCAGGCGCCCCUGCAGCCGGGCUUCCUAGCACUGCCUGGGCAUCCGCCACCAACCCCGCAGCAACAGCAGCAACAACAGCAGCAGCAACAACAGCAGCAGCAGCAACAGCAGCAGCAGCAGCAACAGCUGCAACAGCAGCAGCAGCAUGCAGCACCGACAGUCUCUGUCCAGGGUCCCAUUUAUUAUGUACAGCCAGCGCCCCUGACAACAUGUGGGCGGAACUACAUUACCUCGGUGCCUGAAGCUCAUGCAAAUUCACAGGUGGGCCUGGCAGCGGCUGGUCCCCAAGCAGGUGCUCUGGUUGCUGGCAGCCCAGUCGGGGGUGGAUCGUACCCUGUGUGGGGCUACUACGCACCCCCCAUGGCUACGGCCGGCCUGAGCAACGGUGCAGCUGAGGCAGGGCCUCCUUCCCACACAGCCUUUCUGGGGACCUUUGCGGCACCUCUGAUGGGGCAAGGGGAGCCCUACCACCACCACCACCACCAACAUGCGCCACCGCAGGCUGCUGCACCUCCUCACCACCAGCAUCAGCAGCUGGUGCCCAUGUACCUGGUAGCCACCAGCCCGCCUGCUGUCCCACCCCACCAGCAGCCGCCGCCACCUGCCAGCCUUCCUCUGCGGUACCUGCGGCCGCAGACGCCUCCAUCCAGCACAGCGCAGGCACAACAGCAGCCCCUGGUGGGCUAUGCCCUCUGCUCAGCUGGACCACCCGUUGUGCCACCCCAGCACCCACUGCCGCCCGUGGUCACCGCCUUCCAGUCACUGGUGCCGUGCGUGGCUCGGCCUGCUGUGGCGAGCAAUGCAGCGGGAGCUAGCCGUGCCUCCCUGGUUGGGCCAGCCUCAUUUGCCGUGGGCUUACCGACCUGUGGCAUGGCCAAAAGUGGAACACCCUUCCUCGGCAUGGCAGCACCCACGCACCCUUCAGCAAUGACGCCGUAUGGGGAUCCUUCAAUGGGAGAACGAGUGGCAUCCGGUGGAGAUGCCUCGUCUAUGGGGAGCAUGGGGAUGUCUGGAGGAGAGGAUGGACAGCAGCAGCAUCACCAACAGCGCCAUCGUGGGGGAGCUGGCCGCAACGGGUCGCGAACUCCAGCUGCUGUGAGUCAGCCCGCCUCCACUGUGGCUGCCAUGGCGGCCCUGUACCGUUCACGGGGCCUCUCUCUGCUGCCAGACGUGCGGCUGCUUGGCCACCCGCUGCAGCAACAUCACGAGGGGCCACCACCAGCCAUGCUGAGGGGAGCACUGCGGAUUGUGUCACAACCCCCACCUGCCCCAGCCACCCUGGGGCCUCGUCCACCCCGAAGCGCUCGCAGACAGCCGCGAGCACCACCCCGUGCCCCCUCCAACCCGCCCAGCUCGGCCCCUAUGCCCACAACGUCUAGCACAACUCCUGCGACAGCGGCGGUGGCGGCAGGGGGUGGCCAGGUGUUGGAAGUGCUGGGCUUGGCCGAGGGUCUGAUGCCCAACGAAGUGGAGCAGCAGCUGGAGCCCCUGUUGCGGCUCGGGGCACAGCUGAAACGGGUUGGCACUGGCCCGUCACAGCUGCUGGCCUGCUUCGACUCUGCAGCCGCUGCGCAGGAGGCCCUCCUCAUGGCCGGCCUGCCCUUUCAGCUGCGACCUUUGCCCACUGCGGCCUCCUCUUCUUCCUCCACCGAGCUGCUACCCCCACCACCUCCAUCCAGCUAGCGCCUCUUCGUAAUGUGCUGCGAAGAGGUGCCGAGCAUGCAAAGAGCUGGGCAUGGCAGGACAUCUGACGGCCACCCGGCAGGAAACCUCGCAGUGAAUCUGUCUCGACUCUGUUGUGUGGUUCAAAGGGCUGUUCAGUAAUGGCCUCUUGUGGCAAGUUGCGUGAUUGUCUGACAUGUAAAGUGCAAAUUUUUGCUUUUGAUCUUUUCUCAUACUGGGUAGCACCUCUCACGAGCAGCGGCUACCUGGUGUCAAGGUGAGGGCACAUGCUGCACUGCCAAGUAAGGUUCAUUGAAACAGUACAUUGACAAGUAUGGCUUCUUUGCCAGGUAAUAACGCAGCCACCAGAAGAGAUCAUUGCUACAUGGCACCUAACACACUCUAAAUACUCUUUGGGGCACCAGACAAAAAGGAGCGAUAAAGUACCACCCAUUCCAACACACUACAGAGCAUCUUUCAAAAUUGGAAGUUGCUGGGAAAGACAUUCAAGCCACUGUGGUAGACUCUAAACACAUCACGAGUGGAACAUCCGUAGGCCCCGGGUAUGUUUUUAAGGCAACAUGUGCUUGAAAGCAUGAACGACAGUUUCAGUUGUGCUAGGAUUUGGCUUUAUGUACUAAAGACAUUCUUGAUUCAUAUGAAACAAUUUGUAGCGAUAAUAUAAGGAUGUUCAAUUCUGCCGCAUUGUGCUCAUUGUGAGCACGUGUUGGUGGUCCUCCUAAAGGUGCCACAAUGUGGCACUGACAGCUUCUUUCUUUAAGUCAAUGUGGUAACCUGUUCAUUCUGGUAUAAUAGCCGUGGUUUCCUUUUUCAAAAGUGGAGCACAUCUGUUAAACUGAUGUGCUAUGCUUUCUUCCCCCCUCAUCCAGUAAAGUUAAUGUUUUCCCAACUUGAGAUUUUUUGUUGGUCAUGUCUGACCGAUGAUAAGAGCCUGCUCACGUUCUCUCAGAUACACCACAGGGAGGUUUCCUGUCGGGUUCAGCACCAGAGCAGACAGGGCUAUGAAAGAAAAAGUCGGGAGCUCUCUGCACUUGAAAAGGCUCAUGGCAGGCCAAACCUGCACACGUUCCCCAAAAAACAGUUAUAAUACCAUGCAAAUAUGUGAGAUUCUUACCUGUGUGUCCUGUCCAACUGUAUGUGCGAGGCAGAGCCACACAGAUUGGUAAUGGGAUGUGUUCCCGUCAGCUGCAAGGAUGCGUGUAGGAACGGGCACUGCAGACUGUACACUUAAACCUUAAGGUGUUUUGAAGGAGUGCUCACAAAACCGGCCUCCGAGUAGCCCAAGGUGACAGCAGUGUCACCUGCCUUUGUAAAAUGUUGAUAGAUUUACACCCUUAAGGAAAAAAAAAAGACGUUCGUGGGCAAGUUUUUGUGGCAGAGUUAUGAGCCGGCCAUUUACGUUAUAAAGGGAGGGGGAGCAGGCGUGUGCAAGGUUAUCUUUUACAUUUAUUUGGAGUGUUUUGCUGUCCGUGUUCCGUUGCUGCCAUAAAAUGUGCAGAGCUGUUUUUUGCAGUUGUUCUGAGGACCCUUUUUGACAAAUUGCUGGUGCAGCAGUGCUCGCGGGUUGUUUUCAUCAUAGCUAGCAUUGCGAAGCAGCUCUAGUGACUACUGCUGAUGCUCGCCGGGCAGUGCCCCACCCCCUCCCAAUAUGAAGUAUGGCAUGUGUAUACCCUGUGCAGAGGAUAGUAGGGGUCCUUUGGCCGGCACAUUGUCAGCAGUGUGCCACGGCAGCUGUGAGACUUGAUGACACCAAAGGUGGCAGCGGGAGCGCUCCGCUGCAUGACAUGGUGACACAUAGCUGUCUGUCCUGGCAUUGUCUAGCAGUCAGAGUUGGUUGCAGUCUGUGCACACCCUCUGAAGAAGCUUUGCCCUCUAGACACUGUUUGGGCCCAAAGUUUAGGGUUGUUACCUUGUAGGGAGGAACCUGUGUUUCGAGCCCACCUGGCGCAACUCGCGAUUUGCCUAGUUUUGAGCCAUUGCAUUGCAUUGCUAGUCAUUGUGUAGUACUUUCCUCAUAUCUGCCAGUUUUUUGCAGUCUGGAAGAUUUAGAGCAGAAUCAGCUGGUGCCGACGUGCAAGCAUUAUCAUGGAUCUCUGCAGGAGAAACAAAAAAAGGCAUUGCCCCCAUGUUGAUUAGCUGGUGGCUCUCUGGAGCAACCUCAGAGUGACGCAGUGGUCGCACCCGUGUGUGUCAGCCAUGUUCUUUUACCCUAGUCUGUGUGCGACACCACAGUGUGUUAAAAGUUCGAACACACGUUGUGACAGCCUUUUAGAACUUUGUUGCAUUUUUUUCCCCCCUUUGUCCGUACCUGGGAGGGUUUUGUGGACAGGCAGCCAUGAGGGGACUGUUUUGACAGACAGGAACAACAGCUUUUUGUCAUUCAUUGGAUGGACGUGGUUUUAACAUUGCUUUGCUGUGUGCCUGAAACAGGUGUGCGCCCUCCCUGGAGUCGUCAUGCACAGUUAAGCCUGGGCUGGUUACAGUGACUGAUUUGAGUUGUCUAACUAGGCACAGCGGUGCCCUUAGCAAGCGCAGAAGCCUAGUGAGAGGUUGCAGUGGGCAUUGCGUGCGUGUGGCCAUAGGGACUCCUGUCGUUUUUCUUCCCCCCCCCCCCCCCUUUAUUUUGGCCUGUGUUGAGCCAGCCCCUAUAACGUGGCUCCACCGUCACGGUGUGCUGUGUGCUACAACCCAGUGUGCCAACCGAGUUGCAUCACUCUGAAGUGUGUGAUCACGUUACACUCUCACGCAGAAGGCUGCGAAGAAAAAAGAUUGUCAGCAUUUCUGUUUCUUCCACGAGGCACUUCACAAUGAGAGCGAACUGCGCUACCAGUCACUGGCCUCUUCGCAAGUCAUCCUGUUUUGUGCCCUUUCGCUUCUUGCUCUUGAAGGAGGUGCUUGGGGGUUGAGUGUCUCAGAAGAAUUGCAUCAGGAAUAUUUAUUUAUUAAAAGUUGAACUUGCUUUAUUAUACCUGGGCAUUGAGCGUUGACCCGGGGACUGUGAGAGUUGGAUAUACCCGAAGAGUGACGUACAUACAGGUGAUUGAUUGUUGCACUAUUGAGAGGCAUAUAUAUAAGAGUUGCAGCAGCUGUUCUCCGACGCUUUGGCUGCCGCAGUGGUAUCCUCUUCGCCACUGUCUGGUGGAGCCGAGACAGAUCGACAGCGGCUGUAAAGGCUGUGCUUUGUGUGCCAAUUGUUAACAGCGGGACAGCACUCGCAGUGGCCAGUUCGACUUUCUUUCUGCAUUAUCUCGGCAUCUGACUCGAACUUGUGGAGUGUGUUCCCGGCGCCAACAGCAGAUCUUCUUGUGUUAGCGCCAAGGGAGUGAGAGAAAGGCAGAUGUUGCAGUGACUUUUCGCUGCGGUCUUUUUUUUUUUUUUACAUUCCGUAAAGAGUUUUAAAGAAAAAGGAAACCAUGGAGACUAUGGAGGACGUGCACGCUAAGCUGACUGCAAAGCGGCAGCACUUUCUGGCAAAUAAAAAUGGACAUGAUCGAAAUGAGCAGCAGCAGCAGCAACAAACACCUGGGAGGAGGAAGCAGCAGCGAGGGGAAUUACCCGCAUCUCAUAUGCAAGCAAAAAAAUAAGUACAUAGGCCUUGUUUCCCCCCAGCAGCAACUCACCGUGAACCCAGUUCCUCCUCCUCUCCGCCUCGCACCGACCACGUGUCCUCGACACCCUCUGCACCGCGUUGAGGGCUGGGCGGUCACUACGUACGAGCAAGUGCUGUUCUUCCGGCCUCUUGUGUACAAAAAAAAAAAAAAAAAAAAGUGAGCCACGCGCGUGCGGCCAGGUGUCAGCUCAAGAACGGACCCUUGUCGUCAGCACGGCGACAAGGCCAGCGCCUGGUCGCCGCCGUUCGGCAGCUCGUCCUCCGUUCCCGCUCAGAGGCUAAGGCACCGAAACUGUGUUGUUCCCUCAUAACCCCCUCCACACCUCGGAUCCCUUGCGCUGCGGAGAACCGCCGCGGGGAGGCGCGAACCCCAUUCUGGCCGAGGGACGUAUACGUGAGGGGGGGCGACAAGUCAACGGGUGACAACGACGAUGACGUCCGGGUGCCGAAGGACGGCAUCACGACAAAUUGCAAACAAGGGAAUUUGGACACGCGGAAAACGACGACGACAAAAGGCCGUAGAGUUUUUUCUAGGUGUUUUUUUACAUUUUUUUACAUUGCCAGAAUUGUUUCGUGGUGUCACGUCCCAUGCGCUGCAAUCACUCAUGUUAGGAAGAAAUAAACCUGUUGGAAUUUG